CCACGUUUCUACCCUCGUUUCCAGUCCGUCGUGGUGUGUCUCGUCGGCCGCCGGCUCGUCCGACAACCACGCGCGCGUUGCUCUGUUUUCUCUCCCUCUCUCUCUAUCUCUUUUUUCUAUUUCUCUUUCUCUCUUUCUUUCCUCCCCCGCCUUCACGGGUUUUCUUUUUUUUUUUCUGCGCGCGAGCCGCCGGUGGUGGUCCGCGGGGGUGGCCCGAUCACGUCGCACGCGGUGUGUGCGUCCGUUCGCGCGAGGAGGGAGGAGAGGGUGGAAGAGCGUCAACCCCGUUGCGCGAGUUAUUAUGUUACCGCGCGGCUCGCCCCGUGUCUUGUGCGCGCCUUGAACUCCGGGGGACCGGGGUGAGCUCGCGGGUGAGGAACCGGUCGACGCAUCGUCGCGGCCAACGUUACGGCGGAGAGCGGCAGAGGAAGGGCGGCGAUGCAACGCGGCGGGAUGAACGUGGCUGCGUGCUGCCGUCACCCCGGCGCGAGGGGACGUUAAAGGGGAUGGCAGCAUAACGUGGCGGCGGCGUGACUACUAGCCGGCUCGACAUGAACACGAACAGCAACGUCGUCGGUCAGGAAGGUGGUGCCGGUACCGAUUACGGCGGUAACGAGGAGACGGCGGCUCUGCUGGGCAGGCCGCCGCCGCCGCCGGUCGUGGUGGCCGCGGCGUCUCAGGGCAAGCCGGUGCUCACGCGGCAGGAUCGGGCGACCUUCCUGGUCGCCUCGCCGCAACUGUCCGUGUCCGGGCUCGGCGGCUCCGAGGAGAGCGGCACCAACGAGGACCCGGCGACCAGAUCGGUACCGGACAUCGAGCUUCACUGCCGGCUGGACGGCGAGUCGCAGCCACAGCAGCAGCAACAGUCGCAGCCGCAGUUGCAGCAGCAGCAGCAGCAGCAGCCGUCGCAGCAACAGCAGCAGUCGCAGCCGCAGCCGCAGCUCCAGCAAUCGCAGCUGCAGCAGUCGCAGCUGCAGGCGCAACCGGUGUCGUACCGCGCGUCCAGGCAGUCGCAUCAGUACAGAUGCAGGUGCGACCGGAGAGACUCCCUCGCGCCCGCCUCGGCCCUUCAUUUGGCUCGUAGCGUCUCCAGGGAGAGCGUGAAGAGCGGCCACCACUGCUGCCCUUGUCAGGCGCCGCCGCCGCCGGUGUUGGUCACCACGUCGCCCAACGCGCGCAUAAUACGCCAGAGCUCGCAGCCGGAAGCGUCCGCAUGCUGUUGCUCCGGCUGUUGCUGCCCGCUGCACACCGGCGCGACUCCGAGCGCCGCCUCGCUACGGCAACUCCGCGAGCCGGGCGACGGAAUCGCCGGCAUCGCCGCGGACUCGCUGCGGAUCAAUGGUGGUAUACGACAGUUCCGGCAGUUCCCGUGGUGGUGCAAGUCGUCUGAUCGGGCGUCGAUGGCAGUGGCGCCUUCCUCCAUGGCCACAGGGCCCGGCCCAGCACCCGCCGGCGCUGCUUCCGGUACGCAGGGCGCCCAGGGCGUCGUACUCUGUCCACGUACACUGUCGCAGGUGCGACGAUCACGACUACGCCGGGCCCUCACCGAGGCGACCUCCGAGACCGUCAACUACGUCAAGACGGUGGGAUGACGAUUUUUCGCUAUCAAGUCCUAUUAUGCCACGUAUACCGGGUGUUCCAGAUCUCGUGUAAAAUCCAAAAUGAUCUCAGAUGUUGCUUAAGUCAUUAAAUUCUUUGGAUAAAAAAAUUAAUUUUGUUAUUACCUUUUUGUCUAUUUCGUGUUACUGAAACUUUGAUCUCGUAAAAUUUUUCGUUGAGAACAGUUUAUUUCGUUAUUGUUUUAAAUUUACGAGUCAGUUAGAGGAGACAUCCUCGUUUUCGUUUACGUAAGAAAAUUGAAAUCUUAAAUUAAAAUCUCUAAUUGAAUUUCGAAAUCUAUUUGGGGCCAUAAUAUCGUGUAACUGUCGCCAUUUGUAUCGAUAUGAGACCGCAAUAUCAGCGGUCGUGGGAAGCAUGCGAUUUCUGGGAUACCCCGUAUGCGAAUAUGCCUUGCAUAACGUAUGCACAUGCACGCACGACGCGAUUGGCGAUGGUAUUAGCGGGACGUUCGACGGGAACACUUUGACCGUAAGGUCAUAUAAAAUGACGUCUGCUACAAACGGCCAUGCUAUGCUUCCGCGAGCUUCCCCUUUAUGGUCUUCCAACACCAGACGCCAUAAUUUCAUUUAUGUGACAGAAAUUGCGAGGAACACAAUACACUGUUCGCACAUAAAGACAUUAAAAUACAAGAAAGCCAUAAAGAACAUUUACGAAAAACGUUGUUUUUUGAUCCCAGAUUGCACAAUAUACGGUAAUAUAUGGUAUAUCCACAGUAAUAUACAUUUACAACGUAUUGUUAGUGAUCGAGCAUGUUAAUCCGUUUAACGUUAGUUCGUACUCUUCAUUUUUCUUUCUCCCUCAGUUCACUUUCCUAGUUAAAGAAAAAUUUUAACGAGACUUUCCGAGCAACGAAUAAACACGAUCGCUCGAGGAAGGUAAACGUCACUUAAUUUCACAUUUUGCAAGAAUUAGAUACCUCGAGCAGCGUUAAUCUGCAUCUGACAAUUCAAAGAGCGGUAACCGCGCGUUAUUAUUCAUAAAGGGCGAAAUUUACACAUUCGCGAGCCGCGAAAACGCGGGAUGCACAAAAGACAUGCAUCAACAUGCGUCGGAGAGAGAAAGUAGCAUAGUAAUAAAA